AUGACCGGUAAAACGGCUAUCAUCAGCGUUUACGACAAGACCGGUCUCCUUGACCUUGCAAAGGGCCUUGCUCGCAAUGACGUGCGCAUCUUGGCUUCUGGUGGUACCGCAAAAAUGAUCCGCGAGGCCGGCUUCCCUGUGGAGGACGUCUCCGCAAUCACACACGCUCCUGAAAUGUUGGGCGGCCGUGUCAAGACUCUGCACCCUGCUGUUCAUGGUGGUAUUCUUGCCCGUAACAUCGAAAGCGAUGAGGCUGAUCUCGAAGCCCAGGGUAUCGAGAAGGUCGACUUUGUUGUUUGCAAUCUCUAUCCAUUCAAAGAGACCGUUGCUAAGGUGAACGUCACUAUUGAGGAGGCUGUUGAGGAAAUUGACAUUGGUGGUGUGACCCUUUUGCGUGCUGCCGCUAAGAACCAUGCCCGUGUCACUAUUCUCUCUGACCCUGCCGACUACCACCUCUUCCUUGCUGAGCUGGACAAGGGCGGGAUUAGCCAGGAAACUCGCAACCGGUUUGCCCUCAAGGCGUUCUCCCAGACCGCUGAGUAUGACUCCAUGAUCUCGGAUUUCUUCCGCAAGAAGUACUCUGAGGAUGUUGCCCAGCUGCCUCUCCGUUACGGCGCUAAUCCUCACCAGCGCCCCGCCCAGGCCUAUGUCACCAACGGCCGCCUUCCUUUUGAGAUCCUUUCUGGAUCUCCUGGUUAUAUUAACUUGCUUGAUGCUUUGAACAGCUGGCAGCUCGUUAAGGAGCUCAGCGCUGCUCUUGACCUGCCCGCUGCUGCCUCUUUCAAGCACGUUUCCCCUGCCGGUGCUGCCGUCGGCUUGCCCCUUAGCGAUGAAGAAAAGAAGGUUUACUUUGUCAAUGACAUUGAGAAUUUGUCUCCUUUGGCUAACGCUUAUGCUCGUGCCCGUGGUGCUGAUCGCAUGUCUUCUUUCGGUGACUGGAUCGCACUUUCCAACGUGGUUGACGUUCCUACCGCUCAGAUCAUCUCCAAAGAGGUGAGUGAUGGUGUCAUUGCUCCUGGCUACGAGGCUGAGGCUUUGGAGAUCCUUAAGAAGAAGAAGGGUGGCAAGUACUGCGUUCUGCAGAUCGACCCUUACUACGUUCCUGGCUCCAUCGAGACUCGCACUGUCUUUGGUAUUGAGCUGCAACAGAAGCGUAACGAUGCCGUUUUCAACGCCUCCUCUUUCAGAGAGAUUAUUUCUGAGAACAAAGACCUCACUGAGCAGGCUCUCAUUGACCUUACUGUCGCUACUAUUGCGCUCAAGUACACUCAGUCUAACUCUGUCUGCUACGCUAAGAACGGUAUGGUUGUUGGUCUCGGCGCAGGACAGCAGUCCCGUAUCCACUGCACUCGUCUUGCUGGUGAUAAGGCCGACAACUGGUGGUUGCGUUUCCACCCCAAGGUUCUCGGAUUCAAGUGGGCCAAGGGUACUAAGCGCCCCGACAAGUCCAACGCCAUUGACCUCUUUGUGUCCAACCAGAUCCCUACCCAGGAACCUGAGAAGUCUGACUUUGAGGCCAAAUUUGAGGUUCAGCCUGAACCUCUGACCGCUGAGGAGCGCAAAGAGUGGCUUGGGAAGCUUUCUGGCGUCGCUUUGUCUUCCGAUGCUUUCUUCCCCUUCUCUGACAACGUUUAUCGUGCCGUCCGCUCCGGUGUCAGCUUCAUUUGCGCCCCUACUGGCUCUGUUCAGGACAAGGUUGUUUUGGAUGCUGCUAAUGCCCACAACUUGGUAUAUGUCGAGAACCCCAUCCGUCUUUUCCACCAUUAA